UCUUACACGAUUCAGUUUUCCUCUUGUGUUAAAGAUGCAGGUUAUUCGUAGUGGACAAUCCCUUUGGAUAUAUCUGUUAUUCACUUCUCUACAACUUUGGGGACGGCUAUCGGCCUCCACCUCCUCUCCUCUGCCGGCGCCGACACUUUACAUCUAUUCUAGGUCAAAGGGCUCCGUGGUUCUGGCUUGCCGGACUCCAGAGGGCCACCGAGGGGAUACGUUCAUGUUGUUCCGGUACACAGAUCAGAUGGACUCUCGGGAGCUGCAGUCCGGCGCUGAGGAGGUCCAGUUCAUUGUGACGGUAAAUGAGGAUGAUCCAGUCCAACUCUUCUGCUGUCUGUACAAGGACCAGGGCCAUCCUUUCAGUCCGUUCAGUCAGUAUCUGCAGCUCGAUCCCCCAACAGAUGCGGCCCCCACUCGCUCGGUCCCCUCGGUCCCCUCGGUCCCUCCUCCCGUCUUGUCUGUGAAUCCCUCCACUGGUGUGGUCAAACGCGGGGACAUGCUGUCCUUCAGAUGCUCCGCCCCUCUACCGUCCCAGUCUCAGUCCCAGCAGAGCAAUCGCAACAAACCGGUGACCUUCCUUCUGCUGAGGGCCGCUGAGCCAACGGGGUCGGCGUCUGUCACCCACCAGCCUCGGGCCAGUCGCCUCUCAAACCCUGAACCCCAGCCGGGAGUCUUCAGUGUUGGGCCGGUGAGGGGAGGAGAGGAGGGAGAGUACACGUGUAUUUACCAGAUCACCAAAAGAAAGGCGUUGGUUAAUUCAACUGUCAGCAACGUGGUUCAAAUCACUAUUACAGACGCGUUGCCAGUUCCCACCCUGGUCCUCCAGCAGCAGACGGACGUGUGGCAUUUGCUCUGCACAGGGUCGCCCGCUUACCCCGGCGCUGUGUUCUCCCUCUACCUGGCUGAUUAUGAACUUCCUGUCUCCACUCAACAUGCCGUCAUGAUCAACCAUCAUGUCACCAUCCCAGUGCCUGUCCAGGACACCCCAUUGGCUUUGUACCAGUGCCAGUACGAUGUCCUCCUGGGAGGCAAAUGGAGCAAGUCUGAGCGCAGCCUCCCAUUGGCUGUAACCAAAGGAAUUCCUCCUCCAUCAUCAACAGCAGAUUUGUCCGGUGUGGACUGGCCUCUCGUACUGGGCUCUUUCGCCACUGUGGUUUUGUUCCUCUGUUCAGUGGCACUCGUGGUUGUGGUAGCACGCAGGAAAGUAAAAGCAGCAGCCGAGGAGGAGAAGAAAAGACAAGAUGCACAGUUCUGGACUCAAGUUCAUGCUAAGGACCAUGUUGUUGAGCUGACACUCAGACGUACAAGCUUCACCUCAGAGGAAUGGGCCAGUCUGGACAUAACUCCGGAGACAGCCUCCAGAUCGCCGCUAUGGAACUCGCACUCCACAUUCACGACUCCCAUCCACCCAAUCCAUUAGAUCCAAGUUUGUUUUCUUUAGCUCGCCCCGUGUGUUUGUACUUUAGUCGAGUUUAUCAAUGUAGCGUCAGUCAGAGUUACACAGCAGGACAGGAAGGGCUAUUUCCUCACUUCCUCUUUCAUGUGUAGCAGUAACAUUGUACAAUUUGACAGGAUAUGAUGUUUGUUUGAUCUUUCAUGUUACUGAGCCGGUGGAUAUAAAUAUAGAUCUUUAUUGUUAUUAUUAUUAAGUGUGUAUCUGUUUUGUGAAUAAUUUACCUUCAAAGUGUAUUCUUUACCUGAGAAAAAGCUGAUGGCUAAAACUAUUUCACGGCGAGCUCCUUUCAGCAGCUGCUCUGGAGCUUCCUUUUGUAUUAUAGAAUCUUCAUAUGAGGCAGACCAGACGUCCUUAAACCAACAGCUACCGAGUGGAUUGUAUCAAUCUGUAUAUUCUUCCUGGUUCGACGAAGAUUACAACAGUUUCUUUUGUUAUCAUUAUGUAAAAUUAAAGUAUGUCCACAUUCUAAUUGA